GGCGGAGCGGAGCGGCCCUGCCGGGCGGGACCGGGACAAAGCGGCGCAGACCUGCCGGGCGGGACCCGCACCGGGGCAGAGCGGAGCGGCCCUGCCUGGCGGGCCCGGCGCCGGGGCCCGGGCGGAACCGACACCAGGGUCGGAGCCGGGGCGGAGCGUCCCUCCCGGGCGGGACCCAGCCGCUCCGCCCCGGACCACCGCCCACGCCAGCGCCGAGCCCGACCCGGAAGCGCUGGGGCCGGCGGUGCGUUCCCGUCGGCGCAGGGCGGCCAUGGGCCCGGAGGCCCUGGCGGGCAGCGGCCUGUCGGCGCCGCGGCUGGUGGCGGCGGCGCGGGAGGAGCUGGGGGCCGGGGCCCGGCGGCGGUUGCCGGCAGGCCGCGCCCUGCAGCUGGCCGGGGAGGUGCUGGCGGUGGCGGCGGGGCUGAAGCCGGCCUUGCUGUACGACUGCGGCGCGGCGGGCCCCGCCGAGCUGCGGCGGUACCUGGCGCGGCUGAGGGAGGCCGGGCUGGCCCCGGGCCGCCUCCACUUGCUGGGCGCGGAGGGCGCGGCCCUGGUGCUGCACCCGGGCCUGGCCCGGCGGAGGCUGGCGGCCGUGCUGCGUGCCCGCCCGGCGCCCUUCAUGGAUGUCUCGGCGGGGCGGCGGUGCCCGGCCCUCUGCGGCCCCGCGGAGGCCGAGGCCAUCAGGGGCCACCUUGCCACCCUCCUGGCACACCUAGGGGCUGCUGAGGCCGCCAGCGCCGGCCCCGUGUCCUCCAGCGAAGUUGUCCCCGCGGGCUGGAACCUCUGCACCAUCGUUGGGGUGCUGCUGGGCUACCCGGCGGCCUACGCCUUCUCUAUGGAGGAAGACACCGAGAACUGCCUGGCGCUGACGCCGCUGAGGGUGUUCACGGUCCAGGCCUCCUGCCCCAGGAUAAGGGACGGUCUCAGGGUCCAGAUCUACUCCUUCAGCAUCCCGGAGAGCCUCUGCAUGGAGCUGAAGGAGGUGCUGGACGCCUGGUGCGAUGAGCUGAAGGAAGCCUUCAGAGCACAGAGUGACUUUGUAGGACUCUGCAUUUCCAGCGAGGUGGUGUCUCUUCCAGCAGUUGCCUUGUAGAACUCAGACUCUUUGGCCUUUCUCACUCGCAUCAGGAAGUGAGGCGAGGCAUCUGGCUCCCCGUGUGCACGGCCCACUGAGGCUCCUGCCAGAGGCCCCUGAGCACCAAGGGCCGACCUUUGAUGAUCUCGGGCCCCCGACCUUGUAGGCCAGUUGCAAAUCAAAUAUGUGUACUUGCCAGAAGAGCAGCGUGUGGAUGUCCGCGCUCAGAGCUGCUCUGCAGCCUGGAUCCUGGCUGUGGUGAGCAUCAUGUAACCUCAGGGUAUGUUUAUUUGCUGCCGACAGCUGAGGAUUAAUAAAAAAAUCAAACACCG